AUGUAUACUGGUGCCAUCUAUAUGGAUAGUUUUAAACUGUUAUCGACAAAUUGGCGAACAGCUUAUGGUGGUAAAUAUACAGUAACAUUAAUUCAUGGCGAUGGUGUAGGCCCUGAACUUAUGCAACAUGUCAAAGCUGCUAUUAGAUGUGUACGUGCACCAAUCGAUUUCGAAGACAUUCCACUAUCGAGUAAUGUAGCAAAUGAUGAAAUGUUUGAACGUGCAGUAACAGCAGUUAAACGUAAUGGGAUAGCUCUCAAAGGUAAUAUUUCAUCACAAAAUACAACACGAUCACUCAACGUUCUUCUUCGGACUCGUCUAAAUCUUUAUGCUAAUGUCAUUCGUUGUAAAACAAAUCCUGUUGUCCCUACACGUCAUUCCGAUAUAGAUAUUAUUGUUAUUCGUGAAAAUACAGAAGGAGAAUAUAGUUCACUUGAACAUGAAUCUGUUCCCGGUGUUGUUGAAAGUCUUAAAAUAAUAACACGAGCAAAAUCACUUAAAAUUGCACGUUUUGCUUUUGAAGUUGCUAAACAUGAUGGAAGGAAAAAAGUAACUGCUGUUCAUAAAGCAAAUAUUAUGAAAUUAAGUGAUGGUUUAUUUAUUGAAUGUUGUCGUGAAGUAGCUGCGGAAUAUCCUGACAUUAAAUUUGAUACAAUGAUUGUAGACAAUACAUGUAUGCAGUUAGUAAAUCGUCCAACACAAUUUGAUGUUAUGGUUAUGCCAAAUUUAUAUGGAAAUAUUGUAGCAAAUGUAUGUGCAGGUCUUGUUGGUGGUUCAGGUUUUGUUGCAGGUUCAAAUUAUGGAGAUCAUUACGCAAUAUUUGAACAAGGAACAAGAAAUACAGGAAUGGGUAUUGCAGGAAAAAAUAUUGCAAAUCCAUCUGGAAUGCUGUUUGCUGCUGCAAACAUGUUGAAAUAUUUAGGAUUGAAAGAACAUUGUUCAGCAAUAAAAAAUGCUGUUUUAACUACAAUUGAAAAACAUAAAUUAAAAACUCCGGAUAUUGGUGGUACAGCAACAACAACAGAAUUUAUUGAAUGUGUUUUAAAAGAAAUUGUUCAAAUGACACCACCAACUGGUUUCGAUUAUCAAAUGCACCGACCAACUCAUGGAUUUCAAUAUCGUGAUAUUGAUUAA